UUCAGUAUUAAGCCAGGGCUGCUCGCGUUCAGUGCUUGUGAGCUUAGUUGCCGGUGACCCCGAACACAACCACUCCCCAAAGAGCCACUCUAUCAAUAAAAUAAACAAACAAAGGAACUUGAUAUCCCGAUACCGCCUGACACCGUCGCCAAGGAGCAAAUUCUGAAUAAGAUGAGCAGCAAGGUGACCUUUUCCUUCGACAGCAAUCCCUUGGGCGUCUAUCAAGCCGGUCAGCUAAUCUCCGGCACCGCGGAACUGGUUACGGAGCGUCCAAAAACCAUUAGAUCGAUCUUUAUAACCAUCAAUGGAUACGGCGAGACGAGAUGGCAGGAGGCCGAGGAGCGAGUGGGCGAGGAUGGGAAGACGACCAAGUCGAUGGUGACCCACACUACCACCGAGGUCUACUACAGUACUGAUCAGCCGGUUUACGGACAAGCUGGUGGAUCCCAGCUGGAGCUGCCCACGGGAAAAUAUGUCUUCCCCUUCCGGACAACCAUUCCCCCAAAUGCACCCACCUCUUUUAAUGGGGCUCAUGGUCAGAUAAAACACGAGGUCACCCUAACCAUAGAUCGGGCAGUGCGAUAUAAUAAUACCUUCAAGCAGUGCUUCUCGGUAAUUUUGCCUCAUGAUCUGAAUAAGCGACCGGAGUACAAGGAACCCCUCAAGCGCCUGGAGUCGAAGAGCUUCUGGUGGGGCUCCAUUUUUGGAGCCCACAAACCUAUGAUUAUGGAUGUGAGCACCUCAUAUUCAGCCUACGUGCCAGGCCAGAAGAUAAACUUCCAUCUUGUGUUGGACAACCAGUCGGAUGUGCAGUGUAUGGAUGUCAAGGUGCGUCUGCUCAAGAAUGUUUCGUAUCGGGCCAAUUCCUCGGGCGCGAAGGAGCAGCUCAAGGUCACCGAAACCCGGGUGGCUGAUAAACAUUGCGGUGAGGUGCUGAAGCACAACAAGGCGAAGUUCGACGAGUUUCUUGUGGUGCCGCCCACCACCCCGUCCACCCAAAGCGAAACGGAUCCCAUUCGAGUCAGUUACACACUUCGCUUCAUUGCCAAAACCUUCAAGCUUCACGGAGGUGGAGAUCUGGUAAUGGACUUUCCACUGACCAUUGGCACAGUGCCGCUGAUAGGAUGUGCUGAUGAUAAGGGACCUGGGCAGGAGGAGAACUCCAAACCCAUUGCAAACUCUCAUCCAGGUGUUCCCAAUUUCCAGGAGGACGUUAGUGACGAGCAAUUCGAGUCCAAUAGCUUUAAGCCACGGUAUCCAGUGUAUCCCUUUGAUGGAAAGCCAGGAACAAAUGGGGCCAAUGGAGCAGCUAAUACUCCCAGUCUUUAUCCCAAGGCAGAAGAUGCUCAUGCUCCUGCUGCUCCCGUUAAGUACACACCGAAUCCUGUCUCUUCAGCUGCACAAAAAUCUCCACCAUAUCCCACUAAUACGCCUGCUGUACCAGCUGCAGGCGGUAAUUUUGAGGUGCUUGGAUUCAGCAUACCACCUGACUAUAAGCCCACCCCCAGUGCUCCAGUUGAUGCUCCCAGUGGUGGCAUUGGCUGGAAAUAGGAACAACUGGUUAGCCAUUUUGUAUUCUACAUUAUAAGCCAUUUUUAAAUAAAGGGAAAAGCGCGCCCACAUAGUAAAGCUGUGCUCGUGACACCAGCUGGUAUAUCGAUAUUUAGCUGCUUUAAAACGUAGCUUUUUAAAGCCAAUUAAAUUUUAAAUAAGUAAAUCUAUUUAAAAUCUUACAACCUGUUGUGACUAAGCAUAAUUAAUUUGGUAACAAGGGUAAAUUUAUAAUUAUUAAAAUACUUGUAUUUAAAAA